UCGGUUUUUUGUGAAUUUCCCAAUUUCUUUAUUGGUUGGUUUGACUAUUUAUUCCUUCCUGACAGCAUGGACGAAAAUCACGAGGAGCGACAGAAACUUCGAUGGGCCGUGGGAGAAGCCGUGAAUUACUAUAGGAGUGGCGACAAAAGUUUGUUUGUUUCAACGCUCGAAACAGGCAUCAAAAAGUGCGUAGUGCCCUACUCCAACUACAAGUACGAUCUGAGCAGGUCGUACAUCCUGUUGGCGGCCAAAGUCAUCCGUGAAGCUCACAAGGAGAUGAAAAAAGGUCGGCCGGCUUUGCUAGCCAAAUUCAUCAACCUGAUUGAAAUGGUCGACACGGACCUCAUGUCGAGCGACUACCAAUACUUGCUGACUUAUGGCUAUGGCCUGAUGCUGACAGCGCGCCGCGCCCAGGAGGCCGACAACAUGUUUGCCAAUGUGCUGCAUCGGGACGGCGGCUGUGUGCCGGCCCUGAUCGGACGCGGCUGUCUGGCAUAUAAUCGGAAGAGCUAUUCCGAGGCGCUGGCGUUCUUCCAGAGUGUGCUGGAGUACGAACCGCGGGGGCAGUGCGAUGUCCGGGUGGGGAUUGCCCACUGCUUCCUGAAGAAGAAUGAUCUGAAAAAGGCCCGGCGCUUCUUUGAGCUGGCCAUCGUGCAGAACGGGCGCUCACAGGAGGCUGUACUGGGCCUGGCCCUGCUGCAGCUGCGGAAGAGUGAGCCCCAGGCCAUGAAGGAGGGCAUGAAUCUGUUGAGCGCAGCCCAUGAACUGAAUAUGGAACACCCCUCAGUGCUGAGCUACUUGGCCCGUCACUUCUUCUUUGUGGGAAGGCACGAAGUGGCAUUGGCCCUGGCCGGCAAGGCCUUGCACCUCACCGACCACCCCGGGCUGCUGGCCCAGAUCUGCUACCAGAUUGCUCGCAGCAGCCAUGCCACCGGCAUGUUUGAUAAGGCGGUAGAGUACUACAAUCGAUCAGUUCGGGCGCACCCAGUCGCCUCCACCUUGGCCCCCAACUAUAUAGGGAUGGCCCAGAUGUGGCUGCUCCGGGGAGAAGCGGAUACGUCGGAGCGCAUCCUUGAGAUCCUGCGGAAGCUGCGGCCAGAGCACCCAUUUACACUGCGCCUGCUGUCCGCGCUCUACCUGAGGGAUAAGUCACCAAAAAAGCUGCACCAGGCCACUGAUAUGCUUGGCAUUGUACUAAACCAAGACCCAAAUGACUAUGACAGCUGGAUCUUGCUGGCCCAGAUCUAUGAACUGAUGAAGCUCUGGAGUAAGACCGUCCGUGCCUACCAGCAGGCCAUCCACGUCUGCUUAGCACAGGGCUUGACGGUGCCCAUUGAGUGGAUGAAUAAUCUGGGAAACGCCCAAACGAAGAACAAGCAGCCACUGGAGGCCAUCGACACCUUUGACCAGGCUCUGGACAGAGGAACUGACUGUGAAAUCAUUAGGUUCACUCUCCUACUCAAUCGGAGCCGUGCACUGGAAGAGCUGCACAGAUUCGAUCUGGCCGAGAUCUCCUACAACGCCCUGCUCAGGGAGUACCCCGCAAACUCCGAUUGCUCUGUGAGGCUGGGCAUAAUGGCGGCGAAGAGAAAGAAAUGGUAUGAGGCCGUCGAGCACUUCAAAGAUGCCUUCGGCAAAGAUGUGUCGGGCCAGCUGAUUGCUAGAAUUUACUUGAUCAACUGUUAUGCGAAGAUGGGCCAAAACCACAGCGCAUUGAAGAACAGUAAUGUGAUCCUGGCUCGCUGUGACAAAAUGUUUGCCGACAGCUGCAUGGUCGUGGCGGGAAACUUAAGCUUCGGCAGCAUGCAAAGUUGCCUGGCGAGGGGCGAGAUUACUGAUGCCGACCGUCAUGCAAAUAAUGCCCUGCGAUCAUAUCGGAUUGCCCUGAAAUAUAACAGACAAAAUCAACACGCAGCCAAUGGUAUUGCAGCCGUGUGCAGCACUCUUGGUCUUCUGAGACAGUCCCAGCUGGUUUUCAAGACGAUCCUGGAGACCCGUCAAAGGUGCCCAGAGGCGAUCCUAAAUUUGGCGCACGUCUCCCUGCAGCGAGGACAGUACAAGGAGGCGUCACAGACCUACAAGCUUUGUAUGCGGCAGGAGGGCAACCGGAAUUCUGUGGAGGUAAUCCAGGGCUUGGCCCAAGCGUUGUAUAUGAUGGAGGAAACGCGCGACGCCAAGAUCUGGCUCCUGAAGGCUCGCCUUGUGGCACCCGAUGAUCCAGUUGUACUUUACAAUCUGGCCCUGGCCAUCAAAGAGGACACGAUGGCCAUCUUUGACUCGUCCCAACCAGAAAUGCACCAGCUCGAGCUGGCCGAACUGGAGCUGAAAGUGGCCCUCAGACACUUUGAGCACCUGUCGACGCUCGAGAACGAGGAACAGAUCGACAUUGAGGAAGCUCAACAGCAGGUUGAGUCAUGUCGUCGGCUUCUGGCAAAUCUUCCUCAGGAACUGAUACGUGGCCGUGAGCUGGCGGCGCAGGAGUCGGAACGUCAGCGGCUGUUGGAGAAGCGCUAUCAGAUGUACCAGUGCGAUCUGGAGCGGCAGCGUUUGAAGCGGGAUCAGGAGCAACGUUUGCUCAAGGAGACCCAACAAGCUAAGCGGAAUGAGAUCCUGGAGUACAUGAAAAGAUCAAACGAGCAGAGCUCUAAGACACUCAAGAAGUAUCCCCAAAAGCGUUCCCAACAAGACGAUAAAGAGCAGGAGAGUCCGAACCGAAAGAAAAUGAGAUCACCAUCCCCAAAUACAUCCCCACAAUCGUUCUCCAUUAAUUCAGACUAGCACAGUGGCAGAGCGGUAGAUCAAAUUAGAUUUGAAAAUGAUUUAUUAUUAACCGAAGAUCAAUUGCCCAAACGAGCCAAGUUAAAAUAAUUAUAAAUACAUAUUUGUA